ACAAUUCAAUUCGUACAACUUUUUCCCUCUCAUCUUUUUCAGAAAAGAAUUCGAAUCGAUUUCAAUGGCGGGUCGUGGCAAAACUCUCGGAUCUGGAUCUGCGAAGAAGGCAACAACAAGAAGCAGCAAAGCCGGUCUUCAAUUCCCGGUGGGUCGUAUCGCUCGUUUCUUGAAGAAAGGCAAAUACGCCGAACGUGUUGGUGCCGGAGCUCCGGUUUACUUAGCCGCAGUUCUCGAAUACCUCGCCGCCGAGGUAUUGGAAUUGGCUGGAAACGCAGCGAGAGAUAACAAGAAGACAAGGAUUGUUCCGAGGCAUAUUCAAUUGGCGGUGAGGAAUGAUGAAGAAUUGAGCAAAUUGCUUGGAGAUGUGACUAUUGCUAAUGGAGGUGUGAUGCCUAACAUUCACAAUCUUCUUCUUCCUAAGAAGACUGGUGCUUCCAAGCCAUCUGCUGAAGAUGAUUAAUCAACCAAAUCCACUCUCUGUUGUUUUAGUUUUUUGGGGCUUUUUAAGUAACUUAGAUUAGAUCUAUGGUGAAGUAGAAGAAUCUAUCUUUUGUGUUUUUUGUUUUGAAUUGAAUGUUCAUAUGCUUCAAUUUCUUAUGGAAUCAAGAUUCAGACUUUUC